AGUUGGUAAGACGAACAUUUUCAACUAAUUGCAUAGAAUCAUACAAACAAUUUCGCAGUAUUCUUCAAAAAAAAAACGGCAGUAACAUUUUAAUGUUAUAUUACUCCGUAAAACGAAGGAGGUGGAGAGUAUCAUCAGAUCAGAUAUUGUUAACAAUAAAAUCAUCAAAAAUUAAACAUAGGAGAAUAAUGAGAGAUUAAAUAUAAAAAAAAUCUCGAUCGAUCUCCAAACUCGAUGUUGAUCAAAACCUCAAGAUUUUGUCUGGCUUGAGUGCAGGAUUGGCCAUGGCAAUAUGAAGUCGGCCGUUGCCCUUAAAAUCAAAGGAACAGCCGUGCUCCUCGGGAUGCCUGUGGGACCCGCAGUACGUAUAGCCGCACCUGCAGUUGAACCCCAUCGUCCGAACCUUCUUCUUACAGCUCCAGCACCUAUCCGACGCGCGCGGCACCGGAGGCGGCGAGUCUUCGGCGCUGCCGGAAUCCGCCGAUCCAAUAUUCUCCGGCCGUCGGGUUCUGACUCUGAGGUUGGGCCGAAGCGCCGUCGUCGGUGCGAUUGCUUGCAUGGCAGUGGUCGCCGUCGGGUGUGGGUCCUUUUCCGUGGCAAGAAGAUGCUUGUAGCACUUGGAGCAGCGUCCUCUGGUGGCCGCCGUCCCGAAGAAGCCGCACCCGUCCUCGCAAAGAGAGGGCUGCGACGCCGCCGUAAAGCUGUCCACGCCGUUCCCUUCUGAUGAUCCCAUUUUAGGUCUUUUCUUGUGAUUAUUUCUUGGACAAAUUAAUGAAGGAAACAAACUGAUGGCU